UUCACACAACAUGCACAGAAUAUGACAUGUGAUAAAGAUACUGAAAGAGGCAGAUAACAAAUGUGAUACAGUCAGAUUGUUACUAAAAAUGACCAUUAAAAAAUGUUAUCCAGUACACAAUAUCUGUUCUCAGAAUCUCUUAAACUUAUAAACAUUUUACAUCCUUAAUUUUAAAUAGAAAAAAAUAUGUUUUACUUUCUUACUUCCCAAUAGAUAAAUACUUCAAAUAUCCUUCAAAAAAUGAAUGAAAAUGCAAGAAUUUAUUGACAUGUCAUUCCUUCCUGAAAGUAAAACUUUUCACAGAUUGCUCCAUCCUCAACCCUGAAGGCUGGUGUAAAAAAACCCCCAAAAGUUGACAGUCAUUUCGUCAUAUUUUGUGUUGCACUCUUAUUCCCUUUAUAUAUACACAAGUGACCUCCAUACAGGUCCCUCCAGAUAGAACAAAACGGUGUGAGUGAAGUGAAAUACCAAUCCCUCUGAAUUGAAGAAGCUGUCAUCUUUAAUUUGGUCAGUGGAGAACAGCGUCCAAUGAAGGCAGGGAUGGAAGGGAAUCCCCCCCAGAAGGACGGAUCAUCCCGAUCAAACGUCCUAGUCCUCCUGACUCAAUUGUCAUAAUCCAUAAAACAAACAACUAAUUAGUUUCAAUUGUCAUUGGUAGCUGCGCGGGACAGUGAAUUUCUCCAGUGAUGGUGGCCUGAUGGAGGCAUUGAUUGCAGUCUGUUGCAUUGGUAGCACUGCUCCUAGGGGAACUUGGAGAAAUCUUGAACAUGUUGAUGUAUUUUGAAUUAUGUUUCCUGUAUAAUUGAUCAUUCAUGUAUUCUGUUUUCUAUACGUGGAGUUUAAUCAAUACACCAUAUUAUCAUUCAGAACUGCAGGGAAGUCUGCCACUGGUGUUGAUUUUAAAAUGUUCGGUCAUGUUUUAAUAUCUACUAACUGAAGAGGUGUGAUAAAGAAGAAAAUUAGUUUAGAUAGUCUAUCAAGGUUUAACUUCUUCCACUGGGUGAACCUCUCCCAAAUCUUUCGCCCAUCAGCAGUUCGCACAGUCUGCAAGCACUGACAUGAUGUGACAAUAAUUGUAGUUUGGAUUUUGAUUCCGUUUUUAACUCGCUAUGGAGCCUGAGAUACAAGAUGAGAAAAGUCCUGGGGCGAAGAUGCUGAAGAAGGCAAAGUCCUUCAGGGAUGAUGUGAAAGGAUUACUUCGUCGCCGCUCUUCAGCAUCCACCCACGAGUCAGCCAUAGCUGAGGCGAAGCAUCGACACAGCAAGUCCUACUCCCUGCCGACAGAGACGCCGCUAGAGAACCCCGCCCUCACAGACAAAAGAAAAGAACAAGACCCCCUCAAAAGUAAAAACAAAGAUGUGGAUAAGCUCCAGGCAGAGGUGGAGAAGGUGUUUCGCUCGCUGGCCUACAUCAAGGCGGUGGUGGAGUACCAGAAGCCACAGGUCAUCCCAAGCACAGCCACCGUGAUCCUGGAGAACGUGAUGGACGUCUUCACCCUCCUCAACAACUUCUUCAUGGCUCAGGACAGCUCGGUGCUGGUGUCACGGCAGAGUAAAGUGUGUCAGUGCCUGGCGUGUUUUAUCCAGUGGGCGGACGACAUUCUGUUACACGGCGAGAAGGAGCUGAAUAAAUCCGUCGCCAUAGACGUCAUUCAGGCUCUCUCUACUGGUGUACAGGAACUAAAAGAGGUGGGCGUGUCCAAACUACAGGACAGGAAGACUGAUGUGACCCAGCAGCUCUCUCCUGAUUCCUUCAAGAACCACCCAGAAUGUAAGCGAGCCUCCCUCCCAGAUCUUCCAUUGACGCCCAGAGAGAAGGAGAUUCUAGACAAGACCGGGGAGAUAGGGGUGUACGAUAACCCCAACUUCCCCGCCUCGCGCUCCCAGGACAGUAUAUGUAGCCUACGUAGAGAACCCCCCGACCUAGGGGAGUUACCCCCCCCUCCAAAACCACCACUGCCAAAAAACCCAGAAGUUAUUCGAAGACUAGUAUCCCAGCAUUCACAACAAGAUGAUGUUGAUGGCCCGCCUCCUAUCCCAGAGAAAGAAAACCGACAGUCCCUGACCGAUUCACUCCAUCGCCUGGGGAGCACCUCGGACGUGUACCAAACGCCAUCGUCCAGGAACAGUGUGACCACUGCCAGUCUGACGUCCAGUCCCAGCCACUCUCCAUACAACAGCAUGGUGUUCUCCGGUCACUCCCCACACAACAGCCUCAUAGUAACCGGCAUCUCCCCCAACCAGUCGCCACACAACAGUGUGUUAAUACACAGUCACAUGACCCCAGACCACUCCCCCCAUAGCAGUGUGUUUAUUCCUAGUAAUGUGUCAAGUGAACUUUCCUCGAGUUUGGGAUUUAACUCGUCCGAUUACAUGUCCCCUUUGGCUACCUCUACGAACAGCAGUCUGGGAUCAGGAUUAAAUCACUCUGCUGACGAUGAGGAUAUACCAGGGGCCGAGGUUCACAGGACAAGCAGGGCCAAUAGCUUCACAAAGACUAUGUCAGAGGGACGCUUACAGCAUUUCCAUGGAAUGAAUAAAAGCAUUUCUAAUUCCGAAGGGACUGUCGACCAAAUAAACCAAUUAACGAUUGAAAUAGACAAAUUAACCUCUGACAUAGCUUCCAUGACUAGGCGUAAUGGGGAGGAAAAUCUACAGCCCCCUCCGCUGCCAAACAAAAAAGUCAACAGAAUGCCGUCACAGUAUGAUAACGUGGAUGGGACGUGUGUGCAAUCUUAUAGUACCACAAGUAGUUCUUACAGUCGUAAAACCAGUAGUGUUAUUAGUUCCGAACACAGGACUUCUACAUCUUCCACGGGGAGUGCACAGUCUGGAUUCCAGAAGACCAGUACUUACAUACAGCAGACAAGUUCCCAGGAGUCGUACUCCAGCUCCGAAACGUUCUCUAGUGCCAGCCUAGAGAGCCUUCCAAACAGACCCCCACCCCUCCCACCCAAGAAAAAGCACAUACAAGAUUACAUGCACUCAAUCGGAAACUACACCCAGCCUGAGGUAGUUCCUGACUGCUAUUCCCGGCACUCCAUCAAUUUCUAUGAGACUCAGUGGCACCAACACCAGAUGGAGCUGCACCACCAGAUGUACCCGCGCUCCAACACGUUCAGUGUUAUCUCGGAUAUCAGCUCUGACUCAUCGUUCAGUAACAGUGCCCCCACCAGCCCCGCUAUCCCACCGCUGCCUUCCAAACGCAGGGACAGUGAGAAACGUGCAAGCCAAAUGUCCAACUUGUCUACCCUUUCUGACACCUCCAUGGAGUGUGCCCGGGAGAAAGCUUCCAGUGUUGUAGAGGGACCAACCCAGCCAUCGGAAAGUGAAUUGAAGCGAGCCUCUGCUCCCCCAGGCCAUGUUGUAAAAGAAGCAAAGACACCAGGAUCCCAAAAAGCAGACAUACCAAAAGAUAUGGACUCAGACUUUGCUGAACUGAAUCCACUUGAUGAUGUGGACGUAUCAGAUCAACUCAUCAAAAAGGCAGAGACAGAGGACGGUCCAGAGAUUCGCGGUGGGUCAGUGGAUGCACUCGUGGUUCAUGCCACAUCAGUCGGCAAACAAGGCUCAAUGGAAGAUUUGACUGACGAGGAGUUUAUGUACCAGGAGGCCUUCCUUACCACCUAUCGGACAUUCAUCACACCGCACCAACUCAUCGACAAGCUGCUGUACCGCUUCCACAAAUUCCACCAUGCCAGCGAGAAGAAGAAGAAAGUUGCCAGGAACACAUUCUCCCUGCUUAUCCGGGUCAUUGAUGAGCUCAGUCGUAAGGAGAUGGACCAGGCCACCACCCAGAAGAUGAUGACCCUGGUGUUUGAACUGUUGUGUCAGAGUGAUCUAAUGCUGGCCAAGGUGCUGAGGAAGAAGGUCAUUGAGAAGUGUGAGAGUAAGAGGGCGUCGCCCGACCAGUUCUCCUCUAUGACCUUCACCUCCUCCAUCACCCUCAAGUCAAGUCCAUCAGAUUUUCUGUUUUACAAGUCACACGAUAUUGCGGAACAAAUGACACUUCUGGAUGCCGAGCUCUUCCAAAAGAUUGAGAUUCAUGAGGUGUCACUAUGGGCACGAGAGCAGUCAGAAGAACUUAGUCCAAAUCUGACCGAGUUCACAGAACACUUUAACAAGAUGUCUUACUGGUGCCGGACUCAAAUUCUUACACACGAUGAAGCCAAAGACAGAGAGAGAUAUUUCUUAAAAUUCAUCAAAAUCAUGAAGCAUCUAAGGAAGUUAAAUAACUUCAACUCUUACCUUGCUAUCCUGUCCGCUGUGGAUUCGGCUCCGAUCAGACGACUGGAAUGGCCCAGACAAAACCUAGAGGCAUUAAAAGAGUUCUGUCAGUUGAUUGACAGUUCUGGGUCGUUCCGAGCUUACCGCCAGGCUCUUGCUGAGACUGAGCCCCCCUGUAUUCCAUACAUAGGUCUGAUUCUACAGGACCUCACCUUCAUCCACAUUGGCAACCAGGACCUACUGCCCGAUGGAAGCAUCAACUUUGCCAAGAGAUGGCAGCAGUUUAACAUUCUAGACAACAUGAGGCGAUUCAAGAAGUGCAACUACCAGAUUAAAAGGAAUGAGAAACUGAUAAACUGCUUUAAUAACUUUGAUGAUUAUCUCAGUGAAGAAAGUUUAUGGCAGAUAUCAGAGAAAAUUAAACCUCGCGGUGGGAACAAGAAAAGGUUGGAGUUUGACAGCUAAUGAGGACAGUAAGGAACAAAGCUGACGCUGGGAUAACUCAUCUACUGAUUCAGUUUGCAGGGUCAGGAAGGAAGUGAUACCAUGUAUCCAAUAAGCCAUAAUUUAAUUCACUGAAUCAUUUUGUGUGGAGUUACAUGCACCAUGAAAUGGGAAUAUGUUUACAGAAGAGACAUGAAGGUUUUGUUUUGAGUGUGAGAGUUGGAGAUGAUACAAGUUGUACUUAUUGUUAUAACGCUAUGUUUGUUACUUUGACCAAUCCCUGACUUGGGGAUUACUUGUUAUGGAUGACCAGGUUCCUACUGGUGAUGUUCAUUGAAUGACAUUUGAUUGGUUGUAGACUUUUAUUUAUUCCACAGAGUUUUCUUUUUUUACCCAAUCCUAGGUUGAAAUCAAAUUCCUUAAGAAUCUAAAAAAAAUUAUUAUUUAAUGAGAGAUUAUUUUACAAUACAAAUAUAACUUCUUUUUUUUUAUCUUGUCAAUGAUUUUGAAAACCUGUAUCCACACCUGUAGACUCUGAAUUAAAUAUCUGAAGCACUCUCUUUUUCAGUAAUUAUAGUGAUCAAUUUUUGGGUUGUCUUUGUGCCAAAUUGCUUCUGCUGUUGAUUGUGCUAUGAGAGGCCUAGAGUAUUUGGAGAGUAUUUAUUGUUCUAUGUAUACAAGUGCUAUGAUGUGUCACAUUUUAUAGAGUUCUGUAAUUUAUUUCACCGUGUGUAGCAAACUUGCUGUGAUUCUGUAGUUGAUUAAUGAUAUCCUAUUUAUCAUGUAGACUUUUAGAAUACAGGGAGUUGUAUGUUAUAGAAUAUGGACAACAGGGGUAUAUUACAAUAUUACCAUGAAUUUGAAUCAAAGUGGUGGUAUGGAAUUAAAAAUAUCACAAUUUUGUUAAUUGAUGUAAAAUAUGAUUGGAUCAUAGGCAUCUGUAUUGCAUUUAUUACAAGAGUGUAAAUUAUUGUAACACUACAAUGGAUUAUACACUGAUCUGUAAUACAAAUAUUAAAAUGAACUGUAAUAUGUAAUCUUAUGAUGGACUGUAAUAUGUAUUGUUUACACUAGUGUGUUAAUUAUAAUUUAGAUGUUAACGAGUCUAAAGAUGCAGAAAGGAAUACCAAGUGUCAAAUUCACUCAGUUGUUGUGGUUUUAUAUACAAACAAUGCCAACCUGUUCUAACACCAGUAUUACUGUUAGUUGAAUGAACUCUGACCUCGAAAUGAACACCAUGUACUUUUCUAUUGAGCUUUUUUAAAAAAUUGAUAAAUUACCCGUUUUUCUAGAAGAAAAAGAUGUAGGAUUUUAACAGUUGAGUUUUGGAGACCAUUUUUCUCUGUGCUGACGUUUGGAGUCACGUUCAGAACGUUUGUGUUGUUUGAUAAUUCUGUGUAGGAGAUGUUUGUAGAGCUGGCUGGUGUUCAGAAUGUAUUGUUUUGUUAUAGCUGAGUGACCUAGGACAUGUACAUAGUCGCCUCAUAUGCAGUUAUUAUUAAAGAAUAUCAGAAAUAAAGAAUUAUAACAAGA